AUGACGAGCAAUAAUCAUUCAUCAGCUACUGGUCAACCAGCACGAAUAUGUCAAUUUAAAAUGGUUCUAUUAGGUGAAUCAGCUGUUGGUAAAUCAUCCUUGGUACUUCGUUUUGUUAAAGGAAAAUUUCAUGAAUAUGAAGUAUCAACUAUAGGUGCAGCAUUUCUUACACAAACUGUAUCUAUUGGUGAUAUAACAGUUAAACUUGAAUUAUGGGAUACAGCGGGACAAGAAAGAUAUCAAUCAUUAGCUCCAAUGUAUUAUCGUGGUGCUCAAGCUGCAAUUGUUGUUUAUGAUAUAACAAAUGCAGAUACAUUUAGUCGAGCUAAAGUAUGGGUUAAAGAAUUACAACGUCAAGCAACAUCAAAUAUUAUUAUUGCUUUAGCUGGUAAUAAAGUUGAUUUAGCUACUACUACACGACAAGUUGAAAUUGCUGAUGCUCAAACAUAUGCAGAAGAAAAUGGUUUAAUAUUUAUGGAAACAUCAGCUAAAACAUCAAUGAAUGUUAAUGAUAUAUUUAUGGUCAUAGCAAGAAAAUUACCAAAAACUCAAGAUACAUCAAAUCGAAGUGGUGGACUAGAGCAUGGUAAUGAAAGUCAAUCAGUUACAGGUGGAUGUUGUGGUAGCAAACAUGGUUCAUUUACACUUUCAGGAGCUUUAACUGAUUUUAUACUUUCAUCAGAACUUGGUUUUGUUCUGGCUCAAAAUAAUCCACGUUUAUUAACAAAUCCAUUUCGAAUAGUUCCUGUUGAUUAUAUGAUUAAUACAUGGACGAUAUAUAUUCAAUUAUUUCGCUAUUGUACAUUAUUUGGUCUUCAAGGUUCUUCAAUUGAUUCACUAUUAGGUGCAACUUUACAAUUUAGUGGUUAUGAUAGAGAACGUAAUGUUACAGUAAAAAUAUUUGGACCAUCAAUUGAAUAA